AUGAUAGCGUCCAAGUGUUUCCAGCAUAGCAGGCGGCCUCAGCAACUGCUGCAGCUGCUGGCACACUUAAGCGGUGGCAGCAGCAGCAGCACCAAUAGCAGUCGGCGCCCGGAGACGUAUGACGUCUGCAGUUCAUGCCACGAUCAAUAUGCGUGCAAUCAGCACGAAAGCCUCCGUGGAGCCACUAAUUCCGCCAGGCUGGGUAGCAUCAAUCCUGCUGAGGCUGCUGCUUCGGUUGCUGCUGCACAGGCGCAAUAUCUCCCCUUUCGUUACAAACGUGCGCUCGCGGGGCUGGAGAUAGACUGGAACACCUACGAUACUGGUAGGCCUUCAGAUGCAGCGGCAGCACACACCCACGCAGCGGCAGCAACAGCAGCAACAGCUGGGCCCACGGGAUAA